AUGUGGCCAUUCUUCCGCUCAGCUAGCAAAGCCAAAGAGGAGCCUCCACGCGCUCUCCCAGCAUCAUGGUAUCGGUCCGAGGCCAUGUAUCAGCUGGAAAGACGAGCAAUUUUUUCAAAGCGCUGGUUGCUUCUUACUCACUCGAGUCGGUUCGCAAAACCAGGAUAUUACCUUGAAUUCACCGUGGCGAACUUUUCAUUUUUCCUCAUCCAAGAUCGAGACAGCAACAUCAACGGAUUCCACAAUAUUUGCCGCCAUCGUGCAUUCCCAGUUAUCCGAUCUCGCUCCGGCACCGCACCCAUCCUCAGCUGCAAAUACCACGGAUGGUCCUACGGACUGAAGGGGAAUUUGUCAAAGGCGCCCCGAUUCGAAACGGUGCCCGAUUUUGAUAAGAGCAAACAAUCUCUCCUCCCAAUUCACGUCCAUAUUGACAAAGCCGGCUUUGUGUGGGUGAAUCUACAAGCCGGUGAAACAGACGUGAAAUGGGAAGAGGAAUACGAUAAUGUGGAUGAGACACCCCGAAUGCAGGAUUUCGAUUUCGCCGGCGAGUUCAAGUUCGACCAUUAUUGGGAAAUGGAACUCGACGCCAAUUGGAAAGGCGUGAUAGAGAACUACAAUGAGUGCUAUCAUUGCGCAACCUCUCACCCGCUAAUUAAUGGGGUUUCGGACCUCCCGAGAUACCGGGUUGAGCCCAAAGCACAAUAUAUGGAGCACCAUAUCUUCAAUAAAGAGGCUGCUGAUACCCAAUUUCGUCGUGCUAUUACCUACUUCUAUCCGACUACCUCGGUCACGGUUACUGACAAAUUCUUCUACAUCCAACGGAUGAUACCUGUAUCCGCGACAUCGAGCAAGAUCGAGAACGAGGUCUACCGUCAUCGAGAUGCCACCGACGAGGAAUUCGAGAAUAUCAACGCCUUCUAUCGGCAGGUCUUAGAUGAAGAUAAGGAGCUGUGCGUGGGAACUCAAGAAAAUCUCAGUGCUGGGGUAUUCACCAAUGGUGAACUGCAUCCCACCAAAGAGAAGGGACCCAUACACUUCCAGAAGAAUGUUAGGCAGAUGGUCAUGGAUCACCGGAAACAGGAAGAAAAGCAAGCUGGGCUGGAGAUAUGGCCUGCGACUCCCCAGGCAGACCCUUCAAGUAGCCUGGAAGAAGAGGAGAGCUUCUGUUCAAAGCUAGACGCAGCCAGUUGUAUGUCAAAGCCUGAAUUAGCUUGGUGA